GAGAAAGAAGAAGAAGAAGAAGAAGAAGCAGGGGGGCGGGGAGAAGCAACCUCCUUCCUUGUGUGGAGAAUGUCUCAUUGAAAGAAGAACAAGGUCUUAAAUGUUUUGCCUUCAGUUGAUUUGAAAGCGUGAUUGUGACAAGGUCGUGUUCAUCAACAAGCUGGAGGCACAUGUGGAUGAAGAAAGGUGGACGUUGUGUUUAGUGGCUCACUAACUAAACUAGCAAGAAUGCAUCAUUAGUAUGUUGUUGGAGUCCCGCCAGUGGAGGAGAAGAAGCAUGUAUUUAUCUCCUAGCGAACAUCAUGCAGCUCCAAGGACAGGUAUCUUCUACCAGGCCAUGCCUGCCAUAGGAGCUGAUGGCAAAAACGUCAUGUCGCUGAUCCCUGUUCAAAUGGUUAAUGGAAAUAUUGUCCAAACUCUAAAAAACAAGCCUCAAGCGUGCAAGUUUAUACCAGUAACCGUUGGGCCUGCACCUGUUCCCGUUGGAAGAAAGGCACUCAUGACUUCUUUAGCCGGCCAACCCACAGUCAGCAGUCCGGCUUCCUUUGUGAAUUCCUUGUCCAAUCAACUUGGUAUAGCAGACCAAAGGCUGGCGCUUGGCGUGUCGUUAAAUCACCACCCGUUAAGGAUUUUUGAACCGCACCCCAGAGGCCAUGUGCAAGCUGUUCCAGCGUCUCAACCUCCCUCUUGCAGGAAACAGAUUUUCACUCCAUUAACGAACACCCUAUCGACUUCAGACCCGACCAGUACGACCAAUGGAUCGUCCAAGACAUCAGUCUAUGAACGCAAUGCUGUUUCAAACCAUUCCGAAGCUGAGAGUAUUUUUUCUGCAUCGCCUCAGACGUCACUGUCACUGGGUGUAUCCAAUGCACAUUUGACAUUAAUUCCAAAGGUAUCCCAUCGGUCCAACAGCCCAAUGAAGUGGGUGAUUGAAGAAGUUAACUUUAAUGAGUCAUCUACUGAACUUUCACAUUCUUUGACAGUUAGUUCCAAUACCUUUCCAACGACGGAACACGGCAGCAAAAACGUUGGGAUAGUGCCAAGUCUUAGUUCCAAUACUUUUCCAACAAUGGAACAGGGCAGCAAGAAUGUUGGGAUAGUGCCAAGUGUUAGUUCCAAGAUGUUUCCAACAAUGGAACAGGGCAGCAAGAAUGUUGGGAUAGUGGAAAGUCUUAGUUCUAAGACAUUUCCAACAAUGGAACAGGGCAGCAAAAAUGUUGGGAUAGUGCCAAGUCUUAGUUCUAAGACAUUUCCAACAAUGGAACAGGGCAGCAAGAAUGUUGGGAUAGUGGAAAGUCUUAGUUCCAAGACGUUUCCAACAAUGGAACAGGGCAGCAAGAAUGUUGGGAUAGUGGCAAGCCUUAGUUCUAAGACGUUUCCAACAAUGGAACAGGGCAGCAAGAAUGUUGGGAUAGUGGAAAGUUUUAGUUCCAAGGCUUUCCAAAUAAUGCAACAAGGCAGCAAGAAUGUUGGGGUAGUGCAAAGUCUUAGUUCCAAGACUUUCCAAACAAUGAAACUGGGCCCCAAUAACGAUGGGGUAGUGGAGAUAAUGAAGCCUUUUCCUCCAUCGGGCUUGACAAGUGAAGCUGAUCGUCAAAAAGCCUUGGUCAUAUAUGACGGGACGGUGUUUUUUGCAUCCACAAAGUGCAACGGUUCACUUCCAACAGGAAGCCAGGAAACCUUGUCGACCGCUGCAGCUGAAAAAGUUUGCCGUCUCAAAGAAUUCCCAGUAGCAUCAUCAAAGAGUUCACUCAUUAUUUCAAAGGAGCCAAAUGAAGUGAUCGACCUUUGCAAUGACAAUGAUCCAGAGGAUUUGUGUCAAACAACACCAUUAGCUGUUCCUUUGGAUGAAGAUAACGUGAUAUUUGUGUCAUAUAUUCCACCAAACCCCAAGUCUGUGCCAACACUGUGCCCGGUAGCUGAAACACUUGAGAAUGAAACCGACCAGACAAGCAUAAAGAGCCUGGACAGUGUGACUGAACACAACAAGACAAACCUCAAUGGUUCCAGUUCUGUCCUUAAUCAACUAACACGCAAACACACAAACGGAAUCCCUACUGAAAGAAGACUACAACCUGACCAGAGCAUGUUGGUCAGCACAGAAACUCAUAACAUUGAUGUCAUAAGCAGUCAACACAGGACGAAGCAACAGAUGGACACCAUGGAGUUGGCCCUAGAAAUGAAUAGUUUGUCAGAUUCCAGUAUUUCAGACCACAACAACAGAGGAUCCACGGAUGAAAUCAAGAUCUGGACAAAUGCAGAACCAGUGUGCAGAUCUUCCAGAAACCACAAAACUGACCACCUUUACAGGAAAAUGUUUGGGAUUACGUCUGAGGUGAAAAUUUGCCUGCAGAAGAUGAACACCGUAUCAUCUGAGGAGUCUGAAGAGAAGAGAUCCUCCUUGGAACGGAAGGAACUUUGUUGGCAGGACUCUGUCAUUAAAAAAAGGAAACUCUCAGACAAAGAUCAUUUGCCAGGAGUUACAGUUACUCUAAGUCCGGAUGCACAUGCUUUGUGUGAUCUGGACCCGGAUUCAGUGGUUGGUUACGUGGAGCCGAUAGAUGACGAUCUCCCCGACGUGGCUGAGUCACACGCCACCAACUCCCAGGAUUUGGCUGUCCAGGCCCUCAACGGUGUUCCUACGAACACGAGCAGAAUGGGAAGGGCCAGGAAGCGCACAAAGUGUCCAUGUUGUGUCUCCGGCGGUCUGAGGGUGGACGUCCCGGCCAGGCCAAGAGUGCUCAAAGUAAGGAAAGAGUGUAAAAGUGGUGGACGUCGGCAAAAGUUCCAAUCAAACAAGUGAAUGUAAGACCCACCUGAACCAGAAACACUUGAAGUUCUAAAAGCAGCAAAUGAUCAGAAAAGAAAAGUUUUUAUUGCCAUUGUUUGAGAAGGGGUUCACAAACUAGGAAUUUUACCUGGCGCAAUCGUGCAACAUAAAAGACAUGUAAUGUUGCAUGAUUGCGCCAGGUAAAAUUCCCAGUUUGUGAACCCCUUUUCAAACAAUGGCAAAAUGAUGUUGUACUAUUUGAAUUUACAAUUCAAUGCACCAGUUUGUGUUAUUUGGAAAUGUUACACAACAGAUGUCCUCCACUCAACAUUUACACUCAAGUAAGGAAAUCCCUUUUUGCAAUUCCAUCCUUAUUUUUGCUGGUAUAUGUUCCUAUGCUGCUGAAAUAUCUGCACUACAUUGUAAGUUUCAUAGAAUUGUGUAAGUAUUUUUAAAAGAGGGAUAUUUCUAAAACCUUGAUUGUAUCGUUCUCAUAGUGUAAAAAUAGUGAAUAAUGUCCGUGUUACUGUCUCGGCAGCCUCAGGUUUACUAACUCUACUGGUCUGUAAUGUUACCAUCGCGCUCUUAGCAUAACGUUAACGCUAACAUUUCUUUGCACGCCUUGUAUUAGUUAUUCCCAGCCUCUAUGUCUGACUUCUUGAUUUCUUUGCCUUGGCCCGUUAUUUUAGGAUAGGAUGUUACUUAUCAAACCAACUGUUAGCAAAUGACACGUUGGUUUAAUUCAGUACUGUACAGGCAUGUAUGUCAAAGAUGUGGUUACCUCUCUAAUAAAAUUGUUGUAGCACUUUUAUAUUAACAUUAUUUUAUACAAUAAAAACAGGUAACUGACAAA